GUGCUCGGAACCUAGCUCAGAAGCCGCGUGGAGGGCGGAGCGCGCUUCUCCUGAGCUGGAGCCGGCGUUCUAUCCUGCACCUUCUGUUUGCACCCUUUCCAUGCUGUCCGGCGCUUCGGCUACACAGUUUUACCCCAGCCUCGAGAUUUAGUGAGCAGAAUUUGUCCAUUUUUCUGGGUACAGCAGUUCUGAUGGCUGGGAAUAAAGGAAGAGGACGUGCUGCUUAUACUUUUAAUAUUGAGGCAGUUGGAUUUAGUAGAGGAGAAAAGUUACCUGAUGUAGUAUUAAAACCACCACCACUAUUUCCUGAUACAGAUUAUAAACCAGUGCCACUGAAAACAGGAGAGGGUGAAGAUUAUAUGCUGGCUUUGAAACAGGAGAUAAGAGAAACUAUGAAAAGAAUGCCUUAUUUUAUAGAGACACCCAAAGAAAAACAAGAUAUUGAAAGAUAUAGCAAAAGAUACAUGAAGCUGUACAAAGAAGAGUGGACACCAGAUUGGAGAAGACUCCCAAGAGAGAUGAUGCCAAAGAAAAAAUGCAAAAAAGCAGGUCCAAAAUCCAAAAAGGUGAAAGAUACAGGAAAAGGUGCUUCACUCACUAAUGCUGCAGAUGUAUUGAAAAAAAUAGAGGAAUUGGAACAGAGAGGUGAUGGUGAAAAAUCAGAUGAUGAAAAUGAAGAGAAAGAAGGAAGCGGUGAGAAAAGUAAAGACAGCGACGAUGAUGCAGAUGCUGCUGCAGAGCAAGAGGACUGUGAUGAAGAAGAGCAGGAGGAGGAAAAUGACUACAUUAAUUCAUACUUUGAAGAUGGAGAUGAUUUUGGUGCAGACAGUGAUGACAACAUGGAUGAAGCAACCUAUUAGUUAUGAAAUUUCUCAAAAAGUAUUUCUAUGAUAGAGCUUCUAAACAUUUGGACAGCUUGUCUUCUAUCUUAUUUCUGAUAAGAACUGUUUUAUUUUUGUUCUUUUUUUGUUGGACCACUUUUGAGUUUACAUAUUAGUUACACUACCAAAUUAGUCUGACAUUUCCUUCUCAACAACUGUCAUUCCUAUUACGUAUUCAGAUGGAUUAUUUUUCCUUUUUAGUGUUAUUUGGAAUAGACUGUGCCUUUUUACCUGCUUUCAUACUUGAACAAAUUAUUAUUGUUUAACUGCUGACCUGUUGUAAAACUAUAUAACUAGUCAUCACAGUAGAUUUCUACAAUCUGAAAGUUGACUUAAUACUGCACAUGGAGCACUUUAGAAACAAAGAAACUUGAAAAUUAUUUUUACAUUAUGUUGUGUGCUGCUACUCUAUGACUAUAUAAACCUACCUGAGCUUUUAGAAGUUUUGUGAUCAAAAACAGACACAGGGAAAAAUCCCAAUCUAAACUAUGUAAAUUUCACAGGUAACAUCUCAGCAAGUACAAAGACCUGGGAUGAAUAUUAAAAAUACUUGAAUUUGGGGCUAACUUCAUACCAUAUAUGUGAAUUAAUCAUUCCUUUGUAACAAGUUUGGUAUCUCUGAAUAGUUGGGCUUAUGAAAAAUUAGACUGAGACAUCUUAAUUUUGUUCUUUACAAAAAUGUGGAGUAAGUUCUAGUCAUAAAUCUCACUGCAGAAUGCAUGUCUGUGAAAUCUUUGAGGCAUAGUGGCUUCUUAUACUUCCUAGCGCUCAUAGCUAUCCAAUAUAUUUACAUAAAAAUGCAGAAAAAACUCAGGUCAUUUUGAAAUUGGUAUGUUUUGUUUCAGUUAAAAACUAGCUCCCCUGCCUUUGUAUAUUUUGGUGGGGGGUGGGGGAUGAUACUUAACACCUCAUUCUCCAAAGACUCACAAAUGCCAAAGAUUUUCAUACAUUUCAUUUGACUUUUAUACAUUUCAAAUGACUUAUUAGUAUUACUCACCAAAAGAAAUAAAUUUUUCCCUUUUGGGAAAAUAGUACCCAUUACCCUCUAACCUGAGUGUCAGAGCCCUAAAUACUAUUUUGACUAUUAAACUCAACCUUGAAAUUCAGCUUGGUUAAGUUUUCUGUGCCUUAAUUUCUCUACUGAUGAAUAGCCUAUAAAAAUUGCUUAAACCAAAAUUUGCCAUAUAUAUUCAUUCUCUUACCUUAUAGAAAUGAUCACUUCUUAGUUUAAAUUUGGCUCUUACCCUCUAAAAAAUUGUAGCUUGGAAAGUGACUGAAAACAGUUUGGAAAAACAAACAUGUUUUCCUCAGAAAAUAUAAUCUGAUUUCCCCAUCUAGUAUUCUGGUACAGAAAAUUGGAGAAAAUUUAUAGUAUUGUGCUAUUUGCUAAAAUGGCUUUCUCAGGAAAAAAGAUCACUUUCAAUAUUAAUACUUCCUCAGAUAAUUCAAGAUGGGUUUGAGAACCAUUAUUAGUUCAGUGCUGUGUUGAUCAUGUAAUUUCUUGUUUAGAAGAGCUUAUUAAAAAUUGUAAAACUAAAUGAAAAACACGAAUCAGACAAGUCUACUUUAAAGCAGUAAUCUACUAUGGGGUAGAAACUUCACAUAAAGUUUUCAGUUAUAAUGGGAAAAUAUAGUAAUUUGUGAUAAUUAACAUAGGUAUUUUACCUCACCUCAGUUCCUUAGCCAGAUACCAUUUAAUUUAUAAUCUCUCUGAUUCUAAUUACUUGCUUUAUAAAUAUGCAGGUAAUUACUUAAAUUGAGCUUAUACACCAAAGAUACAGGUAUUUCUUUUCCUAGCUGUCAGUUUGCCUCUACCACUUCAGUCCUGUUGAUGGUAAGACAGCCCCUUUGGGUAAGAAUUGGCUCUGGCAGGCCCCGGCCAUCUCCCAUCUCCCUUACAUGCACUGUCUUCCUCCUCUGCAGGAUCCUACAAGCUUCAAGUAGCCUUAAUUGUGAGAACAGGCAGGGAGUUAUUUGCAGGUUGCUUUACCAGCAUGAAUCUUGUCUUUCUGGCUGAAAAUCUCAAACUGUGUAAGUUAUUCUACAGACAGGUAAAUUUUAAUGCAGAGAUAGCCUCAUAUAUGUACAUAAAAAAAUACCUGAUGUCUUUAAAAUUGCUAAAAGGCCAAAGGUUUGUUGCUAUAAUGCUUAUUUUUCUGUAUUUGUUUACACAUUAAAUUCUUACUAAAGAAA